CCGUGAUGAGCGCCCAAUACGAUGGAACCACCAGCGCCGUAGAGGCAGCUGAGCUCAAGAAGCGCCGUACAUUCCGCAAGUUUCAAUACCGUGGUAUUGAACUUGACCAACUUCUCGACUUGAAGAACGAGGAGUUCAUGGACCUCGUUCACGCUCGUGCUCGUAGACGUUUCCAACGUGGUCUCAAGCGUGGUCCACUCGGUUUAAUCAAGAAGCUUCGUAAGGCCAAGAAGGAAACCCCACCAAAUGAGAAGCCAGCCGUUGUCAAGACUCACCUCCGUGAUAUGUUAGUCGUACCUGAAAUGAUUGGCUCACAAGUCGCUAUUUACAAUGGAAAGGUUUUCAACACCGUUGAAAUCAAGCCAGAAAUGACAGGUCAUUACUUAGGUGAAUUCUCCAUUUCAUACAAGCCUGUUAGACACGGUCGUCCAGGUAUUGGUGCUACUAACUCUUCACGUUUCGUUCCACUCAAGUGAGUUUUUCAUUUUUUUAUGAUUUGUUAUCACUUCAAAUGAAUGCAUUUCAUGAAAAGUAUUUUAUUCUAGUUAUUAUAGCUAUUAUAGCUAUCUAGCUAGUCAAAUGGUAUUCUCUUUACAUUACUCUUCUGAGAGUAGGCUUCUCCAAAGGCUGAUGGCACUGGUAUUCCACAGCAGUCUGAACCGAAUGUUCCAUGGUGUUUUGUUCUGUCGACGUGUCCAUGGUUAUGUCCACAAUCUGCGUCUUCCAUUUUUGCAUCUUCAGGCAUUCCUUCAGGACAUGGCAGUAUACUACCAAACAAGAAGUGUUGUAUAAUAGGUAGUUUACCCAGUACCUCCGCUUUGUACAUCUUAAACAUCCCUUCAUUCACCUUUGACCAACUUUUGACAGCUGAAAUGUCAUCCAACAUUGGUGAAUGCCAACGUAAAGAUGCUGUCUUUAUACUGUUAAUGAAACUAAUGCAACCUAAAUACAUGUACGCGCUUGAGAAUUCGUACAUGACUUCGUUAUCGUGUAUGCUCUUAGGACGGAGGUAUUUAUGACUACUGAGUUGUCCACUACCCCAAAGGAAUGGCAAAAAGUGAUAAUCGUCAAGUCCCCAUACACCGUGACUUCCUGCAGGUUCAAGCCAGAAUGUUGAUUGUAACUUACGCAUUAUAGUGAUGUAUCUCCAAAAUAUCCUCAAUACUAAUGCACUAGAGUCAGCAUCCUCGAACAAUCCCAAUUUGUCAAGACAUAUAAGCCAGCAUAAGAAGUUCAAUUCCAUUCCACUGCCAUAAUCGAUACGUUGUUUGUUACCGAAUGAUUCAUUCAAAUAUGGCGAUAAUUCAACGAUUGAUUCUCUCGGAAUACCCAAUCCACUGUGUAGUUCAUCACUGUUUUCAACUAGCUUAUCUAUAAACGUUCUAAAGCCCGGGUUACCAAAUCUUGAUUGAUUGUUCUCUAUAGGAGGGCUUGCAGAAGCGAUUUCGUCGAUUUUAUCUAAUAACUGUAGUACUUUUAUAACGCCGUCUGAUACGUGAACCUCAUCAGUCAACUUCACGUCAACUACCGCAUUGUUGAGUUUAUCUAUAAAUUCAACGAUGGCGUUGAAUGUACUAGACGAUUUGAACAGCUGGAGGUGCUCGUCUAGCACUAUUCUCUUCCUUGGAAUCUCGUAC